AUGGGAAAAAGUGAUAAGUCAGAUUUAGAACCUCAUGAAAUAGGGGAGUUGAUAACAUUGAUCAAAUUAUUAAUAAAAGAUUUGCAAAAGUGCAGCGAAGUUUAUUCACCAAUAAUUAAAAAACAUAUUGAUUUGGAUGCAUUUACAAAUAUGUACAAGUUGUAUGCACAUGCUCUGCAUCAAGAUUAUAUCAAACUCGAUGUACUGCAGUACUUGACACUACCAGUAACAAGUCAAGAAACAGAAACUAAAUGUUCUUUACCAAGUCAAAAGGAGUCGUCAGGAAAAACAAUGGAUGUGAAACUGUUAUUUGUUCUUUAUUUAUUACUUAAAAAGUUUGAAAAUAUGCUGGAUAAUGAAACGAUAUACCCCGAACAAGAGAAAUCAACUGAAUUUGACUGGUAUUCAUGGUUUAAACCGGUUAUUUCAUACUGGAUUCAACAGAAUACUUUUCAGCUGUUGGCCAACAUAGAUAUUGAUAUUCAAAAUGAUCAGCUCUCGGUGUGUAAUGAGCCACUGAUGAACUUUCUACCAUAUGAAAUUGAGAAUCAAAAGUCAUUUGGUUUACACUCAGUCUCAGGUGUAAAAACGGCAAACAAUUUGACAGGGUAA